ACAAAGUCUAUGUAAUCUACACCCUUUGUUUCCAACUUCUUAAACAUCUCAUUCAGAUUAAAUAUCCUAUUAUCCUAACUAUUCCCCAUCCAAUAUCAAUUCAUUCAUUAAUUCAAUUCAUUCAUCAACAAAGUUAAUCAACAAUGGCAGACAGAACUGAGAUUGAACGUGUAUUCAAACGUUUCGACGUGAACGGCGACGGCAAGAUCUCUUUAUCUGAGUUUUCUGAUGCUCUCAAAGUGUUAGGGUUAACCUCACAGGAUGAAGUUCAGCGUCGAAUGGCAGAGAUUGAUAAAGAUGGUGAUGGCUUUAUUACACUUGAAGAGUUGGCUGAAUUUCAAGGCUCUCAUCCUAACUUGAUGGUCGAUAUCAUGAAGAAACUCUAGACUUUUUGGUUCAUGUUAUCAUUAUUAUUAUCAUUAUUAUAAAUCAUUCUUCUUCUUUUCAUAAAAAAAUUAAAGUGAAGAGAUGAUGUUAGGGU